AAACAAUCAAUUAAUAGGCGAGCCACUAGCAAAAAAUAAAAUAAAAUUUCAAUGUCAAGUUCAAUAAUAUUUAUGUAUGUAUGUUUGUGUGUAUAAUUGUAUAUGUCAUUUAUGUGUAUCAUUUUAUUGUCAUUUUGUACAUGAAAGUCGCUAUUUACUUAAGAUUGUCAUUCAAAUAAUCAUUAAUACUAUAGUAGCACUUCUCGAUUAAUAACAGUUUUAAUUUUUUUAUAAAUAGAAUGUCAUUAGUUUCGUUUCUUAAUGUCUCUGGUAAAUGGUUAUAUAUGAUUAUAGAAAAGUUAAAGGUACUUGUUAAGUUUAGCUUGAGGCGUGAAGUUGACAGUACUAAUUUGUUUUUACAUCGCAAGGUAUUAUACUUCAUAUGUAAAUUCUCUCGUUUAGUAUAUAAUUGGCUAUUUUUCUUUAUAAAUUUGCAUAUUUCUAGUAUGUAUAAACAAGGCAGGGGAAUUAUCUUAUACUUUUGAAAGUACGGUCUACAGCUUUCGGUAUUGUCUAUAAUUGCAAUAAUACGAAGUAGUUUUUUCUGCAAUAUAAAUGAAGUGGGUGCGUCCGUGCUAUUUCCCCACAAGAUGAUGCCAUAGUUCAGCCAAGAAUGCGCAUAUGCGUAGUAAGUUACAAUUGCCGUUUCCACCUUAGUAGUGUUUUUAACUUCACGAAGUGCAUAAGAAAAACUCGAUAAUUUAGAUUUUAUUUUCCUUACAUGUGCUUUCCAGUUAAUAUGCGUGUCUAUGACUAAACCUAAUAAAGAAAAUUCCUUAACACAAUCUAAAGUUUUGCCCAUGUAAUUUAUUGACAAUUUUAAUUCUUUCUUUUGAUGCGGGUGGAAGGUCAUUAUUUUUGUUUUAGCUAUGUUUAUUUCAAGGUUAUGGUCAUUUAACCAGUCAGAAGUUUGGUUAAAAAAUUAUUGUGAUAAAAGUAAGUAAAUUAAGUUAGUAAGUACCUAAGUAGGUAUUAAAUCUGAAAUUGUGUGACUUUAUGAAUCAUCUCAAUUCAAAAGAACAGUUUUAGAUUAUAGUUUUAAACUUAGACCCAACUAACAGUAACAUCAGGAUAGGUGAUUUGGUGUUCCUUGUAAACAAAAAAGGUUAUUUAUAUUAUAUAAGGUAUUAUAUUAAUGCACUUACUGGACCUGGUUGUGGUAUGAUUUAACUAAAUCCAAAACUGCAUUUGUUAGCAGCAGGUAUGUCAUCAUGCUCCUUACAUAAAAUUUUGUUAAAUUCAGUUUUAAAAUAGAAUCGUUUCAGAAGAGGGCUCAUUCUAAUGAAAAAUAAUGUAAAUCUGAAGAAAACCUUACUUUGAAAAAAUUUGCAGUUGACCGCUUUAAAUUAAAAAAUUAUAUAAACUGCAAAAUUAUAUCAAUUAUAUUAUGAAUGCUGAGGAACAUUUGCAGGAUUUUCAAGAAGUAUGGAACGGCGUAUGCUCGGCAUCAGCCUGCGUGACAGAAUAAGGAACACGAUGACAUCCGUGACUCCGCAGGACAUCUAUGGCACCAACGGGCCUCAGACCGUGCCAGGUGGAGACAAAUUGGAGAGGCAUAUGCCCAACGGUGGGCAAAUUAAUGCUGUGAAGUUCACGGCUCCUGGGGGCUGCCAGCUUUCGUGUGCGAUGUCUACAUUGCAAUGGACGUCACCUCUUCCACUUCGAGUAUAUUCAAUUUAGUCGCUAUUUCUGUCGAUAGGUAUAUUGCUGUGACGCAACCAAUCAAGUAUGCGAAGCACAAGAACAACAGGCGAGUCUGGUUCACCAUAGUGCUGGUGUGGUUGAUAUCGGCCGCUAUCGGGGCGCCCAUCGUGCUCGGUCUAAACGACACCCCCGAUCGGGACUUCGACGAGUGUCUCUUCAACAGCCACAACUACGUCAUAUACUCUUCUCUUGGCUCCUUCUACAUCCCUUGUAUAAUGAUGAUGUUCCUGUACUAUAAUAUAUUUAAGGCAUUAAGAAAUAGAGCAAAGAAACAGCGAGCAGCGAAGAAGCCCCCCAUAUCUAGUGACCCCACAACGGGUGCUACACAAGCUGUCGUGAUAGAGAAUGUGGCUCAAACGAGGCGACUCGCCGAAACAGCACUCCACGAAGACAGACCAACUAACACAGGAUCUGGGAGCAACGAAGAUGAUCAUGAAGAUAGUUUCGACAAAAGAUCGGCUGAUCUAGAAGCGGAUGCUGAUGAGUGCCACGUCAUACCUAAUGAUAAGUCAACUGAGUUCAUGUUGGCAACAGUAGCAGAAGAAACUGCAAAAAUGAUCUCAACAGGCUUGCUUCCUGUGGAUCCUAACGGUAACAACGACUCAGGGUAUGCGCCAUCUAACCUUGAAGACACGAUACGGGAGCACGUGUCGCCGCCAGGGUCCCCAGGAUUGAAGGACGCCACGGUGCUGAAAAAUAUGGCGUGCGACGGCUCCAAGUGGAGGAAGAACGGGAAAGCUGCAAAAGUCAUGACUGAUUCUAGAAGUGUCUCGAUGGCACUACAUACUUCAGUCCAUUCCGAAGAUGAUCACGAAGCGAGCCAGUAUGACAUCAGGGACGGGUCCACAUCCAAGAAGGAACGGAAGGCAAGCGCGGCGACUGCUCGAUUCACCAUCUACAAGGCCAAUAAAGCCAGCAAGAAGAAGAGGGAGAAGUCUUCGGCGAAGAAGGAGAGGAAGGCGACGAAGACGUUAGCUAUUGUUUUAGGUGUAUUUUUAUUCUGCUGGGCGCCAUUUUUCACAUGCUCCGUCCUUGGCGCGAUCUGCGAUAAGUUCCAGCUGUCGUUCUCCCCUGGAGUCACCGCGUUUAUCCUCACCACAUGGUUGGGUUACAUCAACUCCUUCCUCAACCCAGUCAUCUACACAAUCUUCAAUCCCGAGUUUAGAAAGGCCUUCCGUAAGAUACUCAAGUGUGGUACCUAGCCUUUGGACUAUUUGGUCGUCUUUACGCAGUAGAUCUCGAUUUAAAUUUGAUUGUUAUUUAUGGUUUAACAUUAAAUGAAUUUGAAGGUUUGCAAUUCAAAAGCUUUUAAAUGCACUAAUGAAUGUAAAUGUUUUAUAAGUUCUGUUGUAUGUUUCAACAGAGUCUAUUAAAAUAUUGGUCUUGUUCUCAGUCUAUGGUUACUAAUCAUAGAUUGACAACAAGACCAAUCUUUAUCUAAUCGUUGAUAGACAUUAAUGAGUGUAAAAAUUGUUACAAAUCUUACUGGACGCUCAGAUGGUAAAAGGUUUUCGACCCAAAAUUACUCCUUCAAAACGGAACUAAUAACGUGUUUCAAAAUGUAUUUUAAUAGUGUGAUUUUAGUUAACCGAACUUAUAAUCGACAAAGGAACUUAUAGUAAGUGCUUUCUGUUUUUAAUUUAAAUUUUAUCAGGAUGAGAUCUACCGACGACCAAAUAUACGAAAUUAUAAUUGUUUAUGAACCUAAGAAGUAUUAUUGUAUAUGUGAUAAAUGACAAAGGUAUGUCCUUUGUAUUUUCGUAGAGUUAGAAAUAAUAGCAUAUCAACGUGUAGAUAAAGAAUACCAAAGUAUAUUACUUAUAAUGUAUAGUCAUAAUGUUACAUUAUUCAUUUCUAUUUGAGCUUCUGUAAAUAGAUCACGAGUAUUUUUAAAAUGAAUCAGUACUCAUAAUACAGGUGUGUAAAGAAUUAAUAAAUGUUACUAAUAUCAAAUGUGUUGCGAUAAAAAUGAUUUCAUGGUUGUGAUUAAUUUAACGUUUUAUUGAUAAUAAUUUAUUGUUAUUAGUUUUUUUUUGUUUUAAUCUGCUCAAAAGUUCAUUUAACCUAUCAGUGUUUAACAAUGAUCUCAAAUUGUAUAUGUACAAUGUUUAAAUUAAUUCCAGUACACAAACUUUAGUGUAUUAAAAACGAUACUGCACUGCUGUGCUAUUCUAUAAAAACAAUCUCAUGUGAAAUUCGCCGGUGUGAUAUAAAAUUUAUUUUUUAAAUUCGGGUUCUAAUUUUAAAUAAUACUGCGGAUUCCAAGUUGAAAUGUGAGUUUGUUCUUACAGAAUCGCACUGCAGGCAACUGGUUUUAGUGAGAUGUAAAACUUUACAUAUUUUUUUUAGUGUUUUUUUUCUUAUGCAGUGCUUUAUAAAUGUGUAACUUGAUUAGACAUUCUCAUUGGCUGUACCUUAAUUUCAAUAAUGUGCUUGAAUCCAGUGAACUUACAAUAAUUCUAAAAGUCGAAUUUAAUUAGAAGAAGGUCCUUUCAAUAGGAUUUUGAAACGUAUGAACAUUUGAACCUAAUCAUUGAUUUAAAGCAAGUCAUUGAUUUGAACCAAUUCCCAGUCAUAUACUUGAAGUUAAUUUUUCUGCCUUUUUAGUUCUGAAAGGCACAAAUAUGCAGAUAAGUGGCUUUGUUACACUCUUAGUUACAUUUAAUAAAAUCUGAAAUUUUAUUAAUAUUAUUGUAUUAUGUUAUUCUUUUCACAUUAAUUUUUUUAACAUUUGUGUAAUUAAGCUUAAUUAUUAUAGAAAUAAAAAAUGUAAAUAGUUAUAUUAAUAGGCACGAAACACCAAUACACAACAAAUAUCAAAUAUUUGUAUAAAAACAGUUAUUUUAGAUUUCUAUAGGUGAAACUUUGCUCCAUAAACAUAAUGAUAGCAUUGCAUUCCACUACUUUUGUUACUUGUUAAGAUAUACUACGCUAUCUGUUUUUAAAACAUUAUUAUUAAGUUGUAAGACAAAGACAUGAGGAUUUCGAUGGCGCAGGUGGUUGACGCGGUCGGCUGCGUUCGUUGAAGUUAAGCAACUUUCGCAGUGGUCGGUCAUUGGAUGGUUGACAAAAAAAACUUCUAUCUCGAGUUCCUCCGUGCUUCGGAAGGCACGUAAAGCCGUUAGUCCAGGCUGCAUCUGUAGUCGUUAGCACCCUCCGAUCCGCACUGGGCCCGCGUGGUGGGUCAUGGCCCAAUCUCCCUAUACCAUCCAUAGGGAAGGCCUGUGCUCCAGCAGUGGGGACAUUAAUAGGCUGAUGAUGAUGAUGAUGAAGACAUAGUCAUAGAAGCUGUGUUUGUCUUACAACUUAAUACUCGCUAAUAUAACUUAUCUGCGUUUAAAUUGACAAUCCACUUCUUUGAGCGUGUGUUUGAUUGACUGGUUUAAAUAGACCGUUCAUUGGGAUACAUAAUGCUAUGUAUUUCAAUAUACCCAGGGAGUUCACCACCAAUUAAAUGGUUCUACAAUUUGCCUGAUUACGUAGGCUCUUGGGAUGUAUCCAUACCGAUUUUACAUCCAAUUAGUACCAAUUUGCGGAUCAGUAUUAUAGAAGCAUAUGAAACUCUUCAAAACGGUGGCAACAAUCCAAAUAUUAGACGAUUUAUUAUCUAGAAUGGCGUGUCAUAAUGUUUUUAAAGCAAUGGUUAUUUUGAAUUGUAUUAAUUCUUAAUACAAUUCCAAAUAACCAUUAUUAUAAUUAUUAUUAAGUAAUAUUAAAAAAUAUCGUGAUAUUUGUUAAAUUUGAUCUCAUCACGCAAUCACGCGCAGAACUUAACAUAUGAAAUGAUAAAAACACAAAAAAUCUCUUUAAAGUAAUAAAUCAUCCUAUUAUUUUUUAUGGCUAUACAACAAAAUGUCUUUGGUCUUCACCGCUGGAAUAUAAAAAUAAAUAUUGGUAGAGGCCGAGUGAAAUUAGUGCACCUAAGUACUAUCCAAAUAUCAAAAUAUAUAGUUUUAGUGAAAUAAAUAUAUAAAAAUGUAUGUAAUGUCGUAAUGAGACAAGCUGCACAGCGUGAUUUGAAUAAGGUAGUUGUAAUUAUUCGCCAAAUUGUAGUUUCGACCAUAUCAAGGGUGAGAACUGUAUCAUAAUGUUUUCUUGUUAGAUUUAAUGUUAUCGCAAUGUCAAACAUAAUUGACGUCGAUGAUCUUCCAAUAAGUAACAGAUAAGGCUGCAUGCACACAUACAGCGGAAAGACACCCAAAGCUAAAAAAUAUCCCAAAGUAAAUCAUUGUAAGAAUGUUUUGAAGUCAUCAAAAUGGUUGCAACACUUCGCGAUCGCAUGGUUCGUUUCGAGUUACGGCCUCACUCAGAGAAGCAAAUCAACAUAAGUUUGACUAAAGUUCAUGCAGUCACUUUCUUUACAACAGCAAUAUAAUGAGACAACACUUGACUUAAUGAAUGAGCUCUGUGUUCCAUCUUGUCUUUUCACUGAUAGACUUUCACCAAAGUAGAACUAUUGCGAGAUUUGAUUUUUUCGAUUACUAUAAACAUAAACACACAUCUUUAUAUUGAAGCCUUCACCACUUUGGACCGAAGACCGAUUUGUGAUGGGUGCAAUUGCGACCAAAUUGCAAUACAACUACAACCGAAUUGCAAUAAGCUGUAAACUCUAAAAUCACAGACUCUGUUGUGAACCAUUAUAGCAAUAAGUAAUAGCAACUCGGUUGCAACGUGGUCGCAAGUUGCUUUUACUAUUGCUUUCACAAUAGCUGUCUAACGGGGUAAGUAGGUACCUAUGCUUUGUAUUUCUAACAGUCGAAUUUCUUCAAAUAAAGUAUUCAAAAAUAUCACACUUCUUUAUAAAGCACUUUAAAGUUUUAAAGCAUAAUUAUGCUAUAUUUUGAUCACCGAUAGAGUGCGGUUAUUACAUUAUAAAAUUACAAAGUUGUUAAAAAUUCUCUACCUUUAAAAAUACUUUCGUACCUUAAAAGGUCCCUUGCACAAGAAGAGAGUUCAUUUAAAUUAAUAGGUACAGUGUAUAAAAGCACCAGGCGUUCAAUAAAAUACUGUCAAAAUCACCAUAUGAUGCAAUAAUAAAUCACUCUCAUUUUAGAUUAAAAUUAUGUUAGGUUUAUCAAAACUAAAUUUGAUUACUCACUACCUACUUACCUAAUUCUGUGAUCAUUAUUUUUGUUUUGCUCAAACAAAUGACUGUGUGCAUGAAAACUGACAUUAUCUAUAGCUAUGUGUAUGCUACAAUAAUUUUCAUUGCUCAAUAAAAUCUGUUAUAAUUGUUUAAAUUUAACUGAUAUUGUAUCGAAACAAUAAUAAUUAUAUUAAACUACUAUGUCUAUAUGUCAUGGCGUAAUAUUGUUAUUGUAUAUCUGUAAAUAAAUUAAUGCGAAAUAAAACAGGGUUCCUGGCCAGAAUCCAAGUAAAUUAAUAUUUAUUUUAAUCAUAGAUACAAAUGACUUUAUUAAAGUUUUAUCAAAUGUAUAUGUAUAAUUAAUGUACAUAAUUUAAAUAGAAUUAUUUGUUAAAGCAAAGUUUUCUGGCUUUAUAGGAAAUUAUUAUAUUAGUACACGCAUGUAUUAACUUAAUAGUGAUAAAAUAUAAUAUUUAAAAAUAAAUUUAGAGCAAAUAACGAUUUAAUCAGUAUUUAACUAAAAGUUGUAUGUAUUAAAAAUAAAUAUAAAGAGCCAAAGAAAAUGUAAAAUGUCCUCACCUUUAUUUAAUAUGUCUGUUUUGUACAUAUUGCAAUAAGUCAGUCUAUAGUUAUUUAUAUAUUAUAAAUAGUUGAUUGUUUCUAUCAUUUUUUUUUUAUGUUGACUUCGUAAUAUCAUUAAAUACUAUUAGUCACGAGUAAAUUAGGUAGCUAUCUCACACAUAUUCAAUGUUAUUGACCACAUAAACAGAAAUCAGCAAUAAUUUCAAAUGUUCAAUUGCAUUUAUUACAUUCGUGACUAAUUGUUUAUUUAAUAUAUCUGUAUACGUUGCGUAGUUUUUAAAAUAUGUUAGUAAGGUAGUGUUUUAACUUUCUAUGCGAAAUUGUGAUGAUGAUUUAAAAUAUUCUGUUUUUAA